AUGAACAUCUUCAAGAAGAAGGUCGAUCCCAAAGAGGCUCUCAGGACCAGCAAACGUGAAAUGGCGGUCGCCACGCGGGGAGUUGAGCGAGAGAUUGGUUCCUGCAAAUGGAGGUAUGCAGAGAAAAAGCUGGUCGCAGAGAUAAAGAAGACUGCCAAGACUGGAAAUGAGGCCGCAACCAAAAUAUUAGCUCGGCAACUUGUCAGGCUGAGGCAACAAAUCCUCAAUUUGCAAGGCACACGGGCACAGAUUCGUGGAGUAGCUACUCACACACAGGCAAUGUAUGCCGGCACUUCAAUCUCUGCUGGAAUGAAAGGUGCAAGCAAAGCUAUGGCAGCAAUGAAUAAGCAAAUGGAACCGGCGAAACAGAUAAAGGUCAUGAAAGAAUUCCAGAAACAAUCAACACAGUUGGACAUGACGCUUGAGAUGAUGUCGGAUGCCAUUGAUGAAACACUUGACAAAGAUGAGGCGGAGGAGGAAACAGAAGAGCUUACAAACCAGGUCCUUGACGAGAUUGGUGUCGAUGUGGCUUCUCAGCUUUCUUCGGCUCCAAAAGGGCGCAUCGGAGCAACUAACAAGAAAGUCGAUAACAGCCACGCUCGUAAUGCUGCGGCUCCUGCAAGGAACGUGGCGGCACCACCCGAAUCCUCUGCUGAAGUUGACGAUCUGGAGAGGCGACUGGCAUCUCUGCGCCGUAUCUGA